CAUAGUUUCUGCUUUGUAACCCGUAUCCUCCCACUCCUAAACACGGUGAUAAAAGUUACACUUACUUCACUACGGCUUUUUGUAUCGAUUGUUUUCAAUAAAAAAUAUACAUAAACGAUGUGCAGCAAUUGCUUUCACUCUGACGGACGCAAAACCACUUAAAAAUCACGGAUAACCCAGACUUGAAAAUCAGGGAGUAACCUAUAAAAUUGCACCCAGCCUCCAACCUGACAUCAUUUGUGACGUCUGUACGGUUAAAUGGUAAAAAUGAAUCGCAUGGAUGAGGCGAGGAUGAAACAAUAUCUACUGAAGUAUCAGAAUCCGGAAGUUACCAGAAGAGAGAUUGUAAAUGUGAUGAAGGAAUACAAAAGUUUGAUCGGGACCAGUGAGAGCUUUGUUUUUAAUGAUGGUUCGUGUCAAGAGCUGUUCAAUCUUCAGGGAACAAUACCAGUUAUGUUUAAAGGUUCAGUGUACAACAUUCCUAUCUGUAUUUGGCUAAUGGAUACACACCCAAAUAAUGCACCAAUGUGCUACGUAAAACCAACAGCAGAUAUGACAAUCAAAGUCAGUAUGUAUGUGGAUCACAAUGGGAAGAUUUAUCUGCCUUAUUUACACGAUUGGGUACCUCAUUCUUCAGAUUUGCUGGGUUUAAUACAAGUUAUGAUUGUAACAUUUGGGGAGCAUCCGCCAGUUUUCGCAAAAAUGAAUACUCAAACUACUCAUUAUCCUACUCAACCUUCAUUUAUGCCGCUGCCUUCAGGUGAUCUGAACGCUGCCUCCAUGACUCCCUAUCCACAUUUUGUACCGAAUCCUCCUUAUGGAAGUGGGAUGCCACCACCCUAUCCCCCAGCCGGUGGUGCUGCUUUUGGAGGCUAUCCCAGCUUCGGUUCAUACUCAAAUCCGGGAUAUCCAGCGAGUCCUUAUUCAUCCACACCAUAUCCCCCAGUCAAACAGCCAUCACCCUCAAUGCCAGCUAUGAACAGUGGAAAUUCCGAUACAAUCACAGAAGAGCACAUUCGAGCUUCGUUGAUAUCAGCAGUUGAAGAUAAAUUACGUAGAAGAUUAAUCGAACAACAUUCACAAUUGCAAGCAGAACUGGAAACUCUGCGUCGUACUCAACAGGAACUUACAAAUGGUUCGUCUAAACUGACUGAUUUGUUCAAUAGACUGCAGAAGGAAAAACUGGAACUAGACAAGAACAUCAACAUUCUUCACGAUAAGGAGACAGAGCUUGAAAGGGAAAUCACUAAACUCUCAGAAAAUCAGUCUGUAGACGUUGAUGAAGCUGUCACCACGAUCGCACCUCUAUAUAAACAGAUGUUAAAUGCUUUUGCUGAAGAGGCAGCCACAGAAGACGCUAUUUAUUACCUGGGAGAGGGCCUUCGGCAAGGAGUCAUAGAUCUUGAUGCAUUCCUCAAACAAGUACGACAAUUAUCUCGUCGACAAUUUAUGUUACGAGCACUGAUGUUACGCUGCAGGCAAAAAGCUGGACUCGCUGGUUGAUUAAAGAUGAAAAUAAAUGAAUGAUUUUCUGUUCAUUAACUAUCCAUACUUGCUGCAAUGUUUUAUCAUUUACUUUACUUUACUGAUGAUGAAAAAAAUGUAUUCAGCUAAGGUAAAUUAUCUACUGUAUAAAUAUGAUGGUUUUACUUGAUAUGCUUGUUCAAUAAUAAAUAAAUCUAUGGCAAAAGCUA